AUGUCGAGCGACAAGAUCACCUUCUUGACCAACUGGCAGGCAGUGCCUUACCACCUCCCUGUUUACCGCGCCCAGUCCCAGGGCUACUUUGCCAAAGAGGGCAUCAAGGUGGCCAUCCUGGAGCCCAAUGACCCCAGCGAUGUUACGGAAAUCAUCGGCACAGGCAAGGCCGACAUGGGUCUCAAGGCCAUGAUCCACACGCUCGCCGCCAAGGGCAUGCGCAACUAUCCCGUCACUUCUAUCGGAACCCUCAUGGAUGAACCUGCCACUGGUAUCAUCUACAUCGACGGCAACGGUAUCACCUCAGACUUUCAGAGCCUUCGCGGAAAGCGAAUCGGCUAUGUCGGCGAGUUUGGCAAAAUUCAGAUCGAUGAGCUCACCAGCCACUUUGGCAUGAAACCCGAGGACUACACCGCCGUACGUGUCGGAAUGAAUGCCACCGAGGCCAUCAUCGACGGCCGUGUUGAUGCAGCUAUCGGUCUAGAGAAUGUCCAGAUGGUCGAGCUUGAAGACUGGUGCGAGCAGCAGGGUCGACCGAAGGCGGACGUCAAGAUGCUGAGAAUUGACGAACUUGCUGAGCUCGGAUGCUGCUGCUUCUGCUCUAUCCUCUAUAUCGCCAACGACAACUUUGUCAGCCAGCACCCCGAAAAGGUGCGCGCCUUCAUGCGCGCUGUCAAGCGCGCCGCCGACGACCUCUUCGACCAGCCCCAGCAGGCUUGGGAGGACUUCAAAGUCUUCAAGAAGAGCAUGCAGGGACCCAUCAACGCUCGCAUCUUUGAGCGAUCGUUCGCCUACAUGUCUCGCGACUGUGCCAACGUUCCGCGCGACUGGUCCAAAGUGACCAACUACUGCAAGCGGCUCGGCAUCAUCGAUGCUUCCUUCGAGCCCAACAUGACCAACAACUUCCUCUCCUGGAAUGUUGAUGCUCAAGAUGAUGUCGAUCCCGAUGCCAAGCAGAAAGAGAUUGCCCAGUACCAGGCCAAUGACGCGCACAAGCUGCUUGCUUCGGGUGGUGCCCACAUUCUGCCCAGCUUUGGCUGCAAGUUCGCCAAGGCAGCCACCGUCCAGGCAUCUGCCUAG